AUGCUGUUCCAGCAGGACAACAGGCUCAUCUACGCCUAUGACGCCGAGAAGCUCUGGAUCGAGCCGUGGGGCCAGAAUAGUCUGCGCAUCCGGGCGACGAAAGUACGCUCGAUGCCGUCGGAGGACUGGGCACUUCAGGCACAACCCAAAACAGAGGUCCAGAUCAAGAUCUCGGACGACUCGGCUUCCAUGGUCAACGGAAAUAUUAAAGCAACCAUAACGAAAGCCGGGAAACUCAACGUGUGGAACUCCAAGGGAGAACUGCUGCUCGAGGAAUACACACGAAACCGGCGCGAUGUCCUGGACCCCAAGUGCAGCGCCAUCGAGGUUGAGGCGCGCGAGUUCAAGCCAAUUCCCGGCGGCGACUACCACCUCACUCUGCGCCUAGAGAGCGUCGACCCAGCCGAGAAGCUCCAUGGCAUGGGACAGUACCAGCAAUCCCUCUUCGACCUCAAAGGUGCCGACUUGGAGAUGGCGCAUCGAAACUCCCAAGCGAGUGUCCCGUUUCUACUCUCGUCGCUGGGCUACGGGCUCCUGUGGAACAACCCCUCAAUCGGCCGCGCAGUCCUGGGGAAGAACAUUAUGAGCUUUGAGGCUUACUCCACGACCAUCUUAGACUACUGGAUCGUGGCCGGCGAUACGCCCGCCGAGAUUGUCGAGGCGUAUGCCGACGCCACUGGAAAGGUGCCCAUGAUGCCGGAAUUUGGCCUGGGGUUCUGGCAGUGCAAGCUGCGUUACCAAACGCAAGAGGAGCUUCUCGCUGUCGCCCGGGAGUACAAGCGGCGGAAUCUACCCCUGGACCUGAUUGUCAUCGACUUUUUCCACUGGCCCUUGCAAGGCGAAUGGAAGUUCGACCCGACGUACUGGCCCGAUCCCGACGCCAUGGUCAAGGAGCUUAGGGAUAUGAACGUGGAGCUUAUGGUUUCGAUUUGGCCAACGGUGGACAAGCGCUCCGAGAACUUCGAGGAGAUGCUCGAGCAUGGCCUAUUGAUCCGGGUGGACCGCGGCGUACGUACUGGCCUCGAUUUUCAAGGGGACACGGUCCAUUUCGACACAACAAACCCAGAGGCCCGUAAAUACGUGUGGAAUAAGGCCAAGCAGAACUACUACUCCAAGGGAAUAAGGGUAUUCUGGCUCGACGAAGCAGAACCCGAAUAUGCAGUAUACGAUUUCGACAACUACCGGUACCAUCUAGGCACCAACCUGAGUAUUGGCAAUAUCUAUCCGGUCGAGUACUCUCGGGCUUUCUACGAUGGCCUCAAGAGCGAGGGUCACAACGAUGUUGUCAGCCUUGUGCGAUGCGCCUGGGCAGGUAGCCAAAGGUACGGCGCGCUAGUAUGGAGCGGCGAUAUCGCCUCGUCAUGGUCGAGCUUUAGGAACCAGUUAGCCGCCGGGUUGCAUAUGGGCAUCGCUGGUCUUCCGUGGUGGACGACUGACAUUGGCGGGUUCCAUGGAGGUGAUCCCAAAGACGAGCUGUUCAGGGAGCUCUUCGUGCGUUGGUUCCAGUGGGGUGCCUUCUGUCCUGUCUUCCGGCUACAUGGGGACCGCGAACCACGUCAACCCCAGCAAGGGACGACAGGUGGUGCGACCUGCUGUAGUGGGGCUGACAACGAGGUGUGGUCGUACGGGUCGCAGGUAUACGACAUCUGCAAGAAAUAUAUGGAGAUCCGGGAGCAGAUGCGGCCGUAUACGCGGCAACUCAUGCAGGAGGCCCACGAGAAGGGAACGCCGCUGAUGAGGCCGUUGUUCUACGAGUUUCCCGAGGACCUGCGUUCCUGGGAGACAGGCGAACAGUUCAUGUACGGAGCCAAAUACCUGUGCUGUCCGGUGAUGCAGCCAGGUGUCACGAAACUCAAGGUGUAUCUGCCUGGCGGAGCGGGGUGGAAGGCGCUUGAGGGAGCGGAUGCCUUCGAUGGUGGACAGACUGUGGAGGUGGCCUGUCCUCUCGAAUACAUGCCGGUAUUUGUCAGGGUGGAUCGAGAAAGCAAGUAG